AUGUUGGAAGAUGGUAAAGAGGUGUUUAUUCCUUCUUUUUCAUCUGUUGUGAACAUUACCGAUGUAAGUGGUGUGACCCGAAGUGGUCGGGUAUUUGCUGCUGCAACUCCUAAAAGAACCAACGAUGUGGUGAUAGAGAAACCAACUCAAGAGAAAACUCCUGUCAUGAAAAUCGACCAAUCCAACAUUGUGAAUCAGAGUUCUGAUCAAGAAAAAGUGUUAAAAUUGAUUAAGAAGAGUGAUUUAAAUAUGGUGGACCAGUUAUUGCACACCCCGUCCAAGAUAUUUAUAUUAUCUUUACUUAUGAGUUCAGAAGCUUCCCGAGAGGAUUUGCAAAAGUUCCUAGAGCAAGCCUAUAUGGAUCACAACGUAACGAUUGAUCAAUUUGAUGGCAUUGUGGCUAAUAUUACAGCAUGUAACAAGCUAAGCUUCAGUGAUGAAGAGUUGCCCGAUCAGGGGAGGAACCACAAUUUGGCUAUGCAUAUCUCUAUGAAUUAUCAAGAAGAUGUCAUGUCCAAUCUGUUGGUGGACACUGGUUCUUCUCUGAAUGUUUUGCCUAAGUCCACUUUGUCCAAGCUUUCUUAUCAAGGUGUUUUGAUGAGAUUUAGUGGGGUUGUUAUGAAGGCCUUUGAUGGCUCGAGGAAGACAGUAAUUGGGGAGGUUGAUCUCCCAACGAAGAUAGGUUCGUGCUUAUUUAAGAUCACCUUUCAAGUGAUGGAUAUUAACCCCGCCUAUAAUUGUCUCUUAGGACGUCUUUGGAUUCAUGAGGCUGCGGCAGUGACAUCGACUCUCCAUCAAAAGCUGAAGUUUAUGAAGAAUGGGAAGUUAGUGAUCGUGGGUGGAAAGCAGGCCAUGCUUGUGAGUCACCUCUCUUCAUUUUCAUACAUUGAUGCUGACGAAGCUGAAGGAACACCGUUUCAAGCUCUUUUUGUUGAUGAUAUUUCUUCCAGGAAGAAUGGAGAAUCCAUGACAUCUUUGAAAGAUGUCCAACAAGUGUUGGAGAAUGGUCAAUCUGCUAGAUGGGGACAAGUUAUGGAGCUUGUCGAGAACAAGAACAGAGCUGGUUUGGGAUUUUCACCUGGUUCAACCCUAAGAGAUUUGAAGAGAAUUCAAGAAGUGUUUCACAAUAUUGGCUUUAUUAGUUCCAAAGAUCAGUCUGAUGUCGCAAUAUUGGAAGAUGAUGAAGAGCAAGAAGCGCCAAACUUUGUGACACAUGGAUCGAUAUGCAAAAAUUGGAUUGAUGUUGAUGUUCCUUUUGUUAUUCACUUAUCGAAGUAA